CUUGUUCAUACUGCGUACAGUCAGUCAGGAGCAGACAAAGUCAAGUCGAAGAUAUGGCCGGUAUCUCGACAUUCUUCAAGCCGAUUUUGUGGUUUAUCACAUGCAUUGGAGUUGUAAUAUUUAUUUGUGAAUACCUUGUUUACUAUGUUGUAAUGUUCCAAUGUUCUUGGCCUGAUAUAAGCGUUGGGAAGAACUAUAAACAUGAUGGCCAAACCAGCGAUUCUGCUUGGCUCUUCAGCGGAAAGCCACUCGGCUCGUCCGCAAGAGGUCCGGCGAUAGUGAAUAGAGAAACCCGCUCGUCGAAACAUGAGCAGGAGCAAAACGUUGAAGAUUUGAGGGCAAUCUUCAUAGCAGAUACUCACUUGUUAGGAAGUCGCCUUGGUCAUUGGUUUGACAAGUUAAGAAGGGAAUGGCAGAUGGAGAGAGGUUUCCAGACAUCAUUGACUUUGUUUUCUCCUGAAGCUGUAUUUGUUCUUGGUGACUUGACUGAUGAAGGCCAAUGGGCUAGCGAUAUGGAGUUUGAAGCUACGGCCAAGCGUUUCAGGAAGAUGUUUCACCAUUCACCUGAUGUUUAUUUCAAGGUCGUUGUUGGAAACCAUGAUGUAGGUUUUCAUGACUUCAUGAGUAAGCGCAAGUUGGAGAGAUUUUCAGAUGCUUUCAACUCAUCUGGUGUUGAAGUGGUCACUCUGAAGAACAACAGCUUUGUGCUGGUGAACAGCAUGGCUUUCCACGGAGAUGGUUGCAGCUUCUGCUCGUCCGCUCAGACGAAGCUAAGAGGUGUGUCUGAGAGGCUCAACUGCUCAAGGUUUGGACACCAGGGCGGGGACAAGCAGAAGGAGAAAGGGAAGUCUAGAUGCAGCCAUUACAGAUCGUUGCCCGCAGCUCCUCCAAUACUUCUUCAGCACUUCCCCCUGUACCGUCCUACAGAUGAGAUGUGCUCGGGUAUCGACGGAACACCGCUUGAUGAAAAAUAUAUUCCCCACGGACAAAGAAGAGAAGUUCUGUCUCAAAAAGCAACAGACAAGUUAUUGUCAUGGAUCCAUCCUCGUCUAGUCCUGAGUGCUCACACCCAUCAUGGCUGCUACAUCGUUCAUCAGAACGUAACCCCAGAAAUCUCAGUGCCUUCAUUCAGCUGGAGAAAUAGAAAAAAUCCCAGUCUCAUCCUGGCUUCGAUCUCUCCUACCUCCAUCGCUAUCAACAAGUGCUUUCUCCCAGAAGAAUAUCUCAUCCUCAUCCUCUAUGCUGCAUCAGGUGUUACCAUGGCAACCUACAUUCUUUACUAUCUCGUCUGCAUCUUAUGCAGGCAUCGAUGGAGGCAUGUCAAAGAACUCUGAUGUUUCUCACAAUUAUUAAUCUAUGCUAUUUACAUGAAGAUAUUUUAUAUAUGAUGAUGGUGCAAUUUUGAAUGAAGUGUAUACAAUUACUACAUUUUGUUCUUCUUUCUUGGCAAAAAUGAAUGAAAUAUUAGAAGGGUAAGUUGGCAAGUAACAUGAGUAUGUA